CCCUCCUCUCCUUCUUCUCUACAAUGUGGCUGGCAUUUCUUUGGCUUCGACACAUCACAGUAUUUCUCACGCCUGUGCAUGGUCCUCAUCACCGAGCAUACCCAUCCGCGCUCCCCCGCCAUGGCGCCUCCUCCCUGUUUCAUUUGCCUCCCCGAUCCCCUCCUCCCAUGAGCGCCAGCCUUUUUGUGCCUAAUCUGGAGACUGUCCGGCCUUCUCUCCCCCUCACCUUCCAGAAACUUCCAUCACGCCGAGUCCGGGUCCGCGUCGGGAGGGGAGGAGGACGACCGGGAGCCGAGAGGGCUCGCCAUGAAUCGCAUCAAGCUCUGUGCCGCUUCGAUCUCUGCAGCUCCCCUCCUCCUUUCCUCCCCUCCUCGUUCCCCUCCUCCUUCCCUUUUCACCGUCGUGGAUCCACUGUGGAGCAGGGGGUAGGAGGAGGGAGGGGGGGAGGGAGAAGCGCCUGCCCGCCCUCCGUUCUCGGCUCUGGUGCUGCUGUCUUUGUAUGCGAUGCUCUCUUCUGCCCCGCAGCCCUCAACUUUUCCUCCCUCCAACGACAAACCACCUUCCCAGGCCACGCUGGAGGCAGGAAGGGAGGAAGGGAGAGAGGAAGCGAGCGAGGACGCAACGGUGGCGCCGGCGGUACUGCUCCCUUUGAGUGGAUGGGAGGCGCGGCUUUUCCCUCUGAUGGAGGCCUCCACUUUUCGCCCUCCCUCCCUUCCUCCCUCUCUCCUUCCUUCCCCUCUUUCCCCUUCUCCGUGCGGUGCCCAGGAGGCACCCGUGCGGGCAAAGCAGGAAUUGACCGAGGACGCGAGGGAGGGAGGAGUGCGAAGGAAGGAAUUGGUUGCAGCAGCUGA